UUGGUUUAACAUUCACUGCAGUUGCAGACGCAUUUUACGUAUAUUAUAGUCGCAAUUAAAAAAUAGUGCUAUUUUUUUUAUUUCUUAGAUGGCUAACCAUGGACGACUCUUCAAGGAAGCACAUUGAGGAUCGUUCCGUGCGUAUGGCCAAAGAUGCACGCAGCAAAAGUUCGGGAGCGAAGCCAAAGGCUCCAUCGGCUGAUAAUACAUCACGCAAAACAGAGCUCCACGUGCUGCGCUUGAAUGAAGAAUCACAGCUAAUGACCAUGGAGACAUUACGCAGCAUACAUGGGCUGGAUUUUAAAUUGGAUGACAGUGCCAAGUACAAGGAUCAAAAAUGUAAGUGUGUUAAGCAGGACUACUGGGAGGAUCGCGGCACAUUGCUGGUGCAGAGCGUGCAAGGCGUGAAGGUGCCACCGGUCGCCGGCAGCAGCAAGCCAGAUGAUGAUGAUGAUGGUCGUCUGCGUCGCUAUGCGCUGCUCAAGCUGGAAAAGUAUGGCUUCGCAACGGCUCACUGCCGGGAAGCCUACGAUCACUGCUCGCAUGAUACAGAGGCCGCUCUGCUGCUGCUCUUCCAACGAUAUAUGCGUGUGCGCACCGACGAGACGCCGACGCUUGAGCCACCCACUGAGCACGAGCUGCUGGACAUGCGCGCCGACGAGAAGGAGGCACUGCAGUCCAUUUAUGAUAAAGCGUACGAGGAGCGUGAGCCCAAUAUCGUGUGGAACUUAAAGUUUAAGCUUCAGCAUUUGCUCAAGCACAGUCCGUCCGAGGAGCGCAAGGCACGCGAGGCACGCGAGGCAGAGCUGGCCGCGCAUGCUGCCGCGCAUCAAGCUGCGCUAGAUAAGAUCAAGAAGAAGAAGAAGAAGGAGCGUUGUCGCAACUUUGACCGCGAUGGCAGCUGCAUGUUUGGCAAGAAGUGUCGCUUUGCACAUUCGCGGCCGCUGCUGGCAGAGGAAGCAGCAAAAGUUGAGAGCAAGCCUGCAGACAAUCCGGAUGAAGCUGAUAAUGAGCUGAAGUUCUAUGUGGAGGUGCGGUUUCCACCCGGCAGCCGUUAUCCCUAUGAGGCGCCCUAUAUUUAUCUGAAGACUACCUGCGAGGACAUUCCGCACGAGCUUCUAUUGCGAUAUGGGCGGCAUUUGUAUCACGAGGCCCGGGAGAUCUGCCGCGACGGCUUACCCUGUGUCUACAGCAUCUGCGAGCUGUUGCAGACCGAGGAGCUGGCGGAUCAGCUAUCCAUUGCAGCAUUUCUUCCGUCCAAACGCUCCUUGUUCCAUGAAGAGCGAAUGUUAGCUGCCGCUGCCAACGCGCUAGUACGUCCCAGUCACUAUGAGCGUGGACAAACAGCACGUCAGGGUGGCGACGGUGGCCGACGACGCAAUAUGAAGCAGUUGGAGAAGGAGGAUCGGGGUCUACUGGAGGCGUUUCAGCAACGGCGCAAGGACGAGCGAUACCAGAAGCUCAUUGAGGCGCGUCAGGAGCUGCCAGCCUUUGGUGAAAUGGACCGCAUAUUGCAACUGAUUGAGUCCUCAUCCGUGGUGGUCGUUUCCGGCGAGACAGGAUGCGGCAAGAGCACGCAAGUGCCGCAGUUUAUACUCGACAAUUGGUUCUUCCGCGCACUGAAUCGGGCGGAGAGGACGCCAAUGCCGCAUGUGGAGAUCAUCUGCACGCAGCCGCGUCGUAUUUCAGCCAUUGGUGUGGCGGAGCGUGUGGCUGCGGAGCGGCUAGAUCGCAUUGGUCAGCUGGUGGGCUAUCAGAUACGUCUGGAGAACAAGGUGUCCUCCAGCACGCGCUUGAGCUUUUGCACGACUGGCAUCUUGUUGCGUCGAUUGGCCUCUGACCCGCUGCUGGGCAAUGUCAGCCAUGUCAUUGUGGAUGAAGUGCACGAACGCUCCGAGGAAUCGGACUUUUUGCUGCUCAUUCUCAAACAAAUAUUGCGUGAGCGCAAGGGUCUCAAGGUCGUACUCAUGUCGGCCACGCUCAACGCCAAGCUCUUCUCUGAUUAUUUUAGUGGCGCCCCAGUGCUGGACAUACCUGGACGCACACAUCCCGUGCAGCAAUUCUUUCUCGAGGACAUACUAGAGCUUAGCGACUUUGUUAUGGAAUGCGAUACCAAAUUUUGUCGCAAGUUGAAGAAAAAGGAGAAGGAACUGCUGUUGGAGUUUGCCGAUAUGGCAGCCAGUGGUGAGCCGCCAGGAGAGAAGAUCAAUGAUGAAAAACUAACUCUGGCAGAAACUCAUCUGCGAUAUUCGGAGUACAGCAAGACGACUGCCAAGAGCAUCUAUCUCAUGGAGCCAAUGAUGAUUAACCCAGAGCUAGUUGAGUCUGUGCUGCGGCAUAUUGUAGCCGGGGAUCAUGAUUGGCCACGCGAGGGCAGCAUCUUGGUGUUCCUGCCCGGCUUCCAGGAGAUACGGGCCAUCCAUGAUGCGCUGACGGAUAGCGCAAUGUUUUCGCCACGUGCUGGAAAGUUCUUGCUGCUGCCGCUGCACUCGGCAUUGUCUGGCGAGGAUCAGGCAGCGGUGUUCAAGCGGUCACCGGCGGGCAGGCGUAAAAUCGUGCUGAGCACCAACAUUGCAGAGACCUCGGUGACCAUUGAUGACUGCGUGUUUGUCAUUGACUGUGGCUUGAUGAAGGAGAAAGGCUUCGACUCAAAUCGCAACAUGGAGUCACUGGACUUGGUUUGGGUGUCGCGUGCCAAUGCCAAGUGGGUGUCGCGUGCCAAUGCCAAGCAGCGCAAAGGACGUGCCGGACGUGUUAGGCCCGGCGUGUGCAUACAUCUCUACACGAGCUAUCGCUACCAUCAUCAUAUAUUGGCGCAACCAGUGCCAGAGAUACAGCGUGUGCCGCUCGAGCAGAUUGUGCUGCGGAUUAAGACGCUGCAAAUGUUUGCUGCCCGCAAUACGCUAGCGGUGCUGCGGGAUACGCUUGAAGCGCCCAACGAGGACAGCGUGGAGGGUGCGCUGACGCGUCUGCGCGAUGUGGGCGCCCUGGAUGCCAAGGACCAGCUGACGCCUCUGGGUCAUCAUUUGUCUGCGCUGCCUGUGGAUGUGCGCAUUGGCAAGCUCAUGCUCUAUGGCGCCAUCUUCCAGUGCCUGGACAGCGUGCUCACCAUUGCCGCCUGCCUCAGCAACAAGUCGCCAUUUAUGAGUCCGCUCAACAAGCGCACCGAGGCGGAAAAGUGCAAGCGGCAAUAUGCAAUCGGCAACAGCGAUCACCUCACCGUGCUCAAUGCCUAUCGCAAAUGGCUGGAGGUGCAUAGACGCGGAAGCUUUAGUGCCAGUCGCAGCUAUGCAUCGGAGCAUUUCCUAUCGCUAAACACGCUGGAGACUAUUGCCGAACUCAAAUACCAAUAUCUGGAGCUGCUGGUCUCCAUUGGUUUUGUGCCCAUCAAUGUACCGCGUCGACGCAAACGCGCCAGCGAUAAUAUACUCGAGUUAACGGGUGAGGAGCAGAACGUAAAUGGCGAGAACAAUCGCCUGCUCACAUCGCUGCUCUGUGCUGCGCUCUAUCCGAAUGUGGUCAAGAUAAUGACGCCGGCACGCAUUUAUAAACAAACCGCAGGUGGCGCUGUGCCACGCGAGUUACGACAUCAGGAUUUGAGAUUUAAGACACGGGAGGACGGCUCUGUACGCAUACAUCCGUCCUCCGUGAUCUCCCAGGUAGCCAAUUUUCAAGCACCCUUUCUGGUCUACCAGGAGAAGGUUCGCACCAACUCGAUUUUUAUACGCGACUGCUCCAUGCUACCGCUGAUUGCGCUGGUGUUUUUUGCCGGCGGAGACUUCAAGGUGGAACUGCAUGGCGGUGAUUUUCUCUUUCUACUCGAGAGCGGUUGGGUUAUAUUGAAGGCUCAUGAUCAUGAGACGGCCGAGAUGAUACAGUGUCUACGCUUGGAGUUGAUAAAGCUAUUGGAGGAAAAGAUACGGGAUCCAUGUCUUGAUUUGUUGCACCACCAGACCGGUUGCCAGAUAAUCCAAAAUAUUGCAUUUCUAAUAAGCAAUAAUGGCUGA